AUGCCUCAGAUCAACGGACAGGAAGUUGGCGCCACUGGCUAUGGCCUCAUGGGCUUGACCUGGCGCCCGAACCCAAUUCCCAAUGACCAAGCCUUCGAGGCCAUGCGGGCUGCCCUCAAGAACGGCAUGAACUUCUGGAACGGCGGCGAGUUCUACGGCACCCCCGAGUGCAACUCACUGACGCUCCUUGAGAGCUACUUCGCCAAAUACCCCGAGGACGCCGACAAGGUGGUCCUGAGCAUCAAAGGCGCCCUCGGCCCCAAGGGGCCCGAUGGCUCGCCCGAGGGCAUCCGGCGCUCCAUCGACAGUUGUCUCAAGCAGCUCAAUGGCCGCAAGAAGCUCGACAUCUUUGAAUGCGCCCGCCGUGACCCUACCGUGGCCAUGGAGGUAACGUUCCGCGCCAUGCAGGAGUACAUUGACCGGGGCCUUCUGGGCGGCAUCUCGCUCAGCGAGGUGGCCGCGUCGACCAUCCACGAGGCCGUCAAGCACGUCAAGAUUGUCGCCGUCGAGGUCGAGUUGAGCAUCUUCAGUCCGGACGUGCUGACCAAUGGGGUGGCUGCCGCGUGCGCGCAGUACGGCAUCCCAAUGGUGGCGUAUUCGCCCAUCGGGCGCGGUCUCCUCGGAGGCAACCUCAGGUCCCAAGCGGACAUCCCCCCACUCCUCCAGCACUUCCCGCGCUUCUCCCCGGAGAACUUCCCCAACAAUCUCGAGCUCUUCAACAAGGUCAACGACCUAGCCAAGCAAAAAGGCUGCACGCCCGCGCAGUUGGCCCUCGCCUGGACGCGCUGCCUGUCGCGGCGGCCGGGGAUGCCGACCAUCAUCCCGAUCCCGGGUUCGACCAACCCCUCGCGCGUGGCCGAGAACGCCGUCGAGGUCGACUUGACCGACGCCGAGAUGGAGGCCAUUGAUGACAUCCUGGCCAAGUUUGAGGUGAAAGGGGAGAGGUACCCGGAGCAUGUCACCACAAACACCUAAGGUAAGGCGUUUGUGAAGCCAGAUGUGGGGGCGGGGUGAUUUUCAUAGCUAGAUAAUAUAUGUGAUAUAUAUACCUCUGCGUCUUGUCAGUUACCUGGCUGCACCUUUGUCACGGGCAACAAGUGCCGGCGCGUGUGAAAACGAAAAGUUGGCCCUCAGGAAAUGGAAUGUGAAAACUGUCCACAUGGAGCCUCGGCGAGGCGCUUGAGAAUUGCAGAAUUCAUGGAAGAAUCAUUCAUCAUAGGCCCGAUGAAAAAGGGAAACCAAGGAUCAACUUACACGUCAUUGUCAAGCACCUCUAUCCCGCGUUCAGCGGCCGGAUAUCCAAUCUACC